AAGCUAUAAACACUAUCAAGCUCUCUGCAAAUUCAGCAGUACAAAGCAGUGAGAGGAUCUUUACCGAACUGAUAGGUUCCAUUGAGAAGAAGUGCACCGCCAUGACACAUAUGAUCCGAUCUCAGGAGAAGGCUGACUUGAGUCGAGCAGCUGACUUUUUCAAGCAAGUCAGUGUUGAGAUCACCAUGCUGAAGCAGAAAUAUGCAGAACUGGAACAGUUCUUAAAGACCGAGGAUCACAUUCAUUUUCUUGAGAAUGCAGUGAAAAUCUGUCCAUGCCCUGGAUCUGAGAGUUUGCCCAAAGUUUCCAUCAAUACCAACUCCCUUUAUGAGAAAACUGAGAAGUUUGUUCUGAGUCUGAAGCAGAGAGUUGAGCAAAUUCUUCAGGUGGAUUUUGACAAAAUGUCAUCUACAGUCAAGCAGGACCGCAUAAUUGAGUCGGAGGAACCUCUGAUCAGACAGGAUUUCCUGAAGUAUACCACUCAAAUAACACUGGAUAUUAACACAGCAUAUAACCACCUCAGCCUUUCGGAUGGGAACAGACCUGGAGUGAUGAGGCUCUUCCUUAUCCUGAUCUUCCCCAGAGAUUCAACUUCUAUAAUCAGGUGCUGGGUAAAGAGUGUCUGUCUGGACCCUCAUACUGGGAAGUGGAGUGGGCUGGAAAGAAUGGGGUCUAUGUGGCCGUCACAUAUGUGGGUAUUAAAAGGCAGUGGUGCACUGGGGAUAUUAUUUUGGGGCACAAUGACUUGUCCUGGAGCUUAGAGUGUUCUCCCAGCCAUUGUUGUUUUAGACACAAUCAGAAAACCCGAGAAAUCACUGUCCCAAGCUCUAAAAGAGUAGGGGUGUAUGUGAAUUUCAAAAAAGGAACUCUGUCUUUUUAUAGUGUCUCGGACACAUUGAGACUACUUCACAGAGAGUAUAUUUACUUCAGACAACUUGUCUAUCCAGCACUAUGGAUCGGAGUUAGGUCUAAUGCUAAGUUUUGUUAUUAAGCAAUCCGCACAUAUAACUCUGAAAUAUGCAAAGCAAGACAGUCUUUCUUCUCAUCAUCAGUAGAAGUUCAAAUAACACUUUUACAAAUCCCCCCUCACAAUUAGCGACUGAACUUCUCUCAUCUAAUGCAUCUUUUUUCAAAGGUAAAAUUGACAAAAUCAGACUCAACAUAUCUGGCCAAGUACUAAUUCAACAUAGGCGCGUGCAGUAAUCCAUCCCUGAAUGUAUCUCUCGCCUACCUUCACCAUUUCUGUAUAUGUCCAUGGCUUUGAAAUGUUGUCUUAGUGCAGGGGUGUCCAAACUACGGCCCGCGGGCCAACUGCGGCCCGCCACGCACUUUAAUCCGGCCCGCCGAGCAUUUAUUAGUUUAUCAAGAUCCGGCCCGCCACACACUUUAAUCCAGCCUGCCGUGCAUUUAAUUAAUUAGGUUAUCAUAGGCCCCUCGCUAUUUUUUUCCAGCACAGGGCCUGGACAACGUUGUGAUUAACUUUAGGCUACUGCAAACUGCUUUACACUCUUCUUAGAGAGCGUUUAC